AUGUAAUAAUAAGAAAAAAAUCGAAUUUAUUAUGGAAGGUUUAUCUAAAGGGAGAAACUGAGUGCUGGUAUUAUUUAAUUAUAUAAAAAGGAUCUUUUGGAGUUGUCUAUAUAUGCUAAGAUAAAGUGUCUAGAGAUUAUGUGGCUAUUAAAGUAGAAAAAGAAAAUAGCAACAUGAUGAGCUUAGAAAGAGAGAUCCAAAUAAUAGAAGAAUUAAGAGGAAUAUAAGGUAAACUAACUAAAUUAUAUGAAGGUAUUCCUAAACUUUAUUGGUAUGGAAAUGAGUAUAACUCAAAUUGUAUGGCGAUGCAAUUACUGGGUCGAGAUCUCUCACAUUAUUUAAAACGAUAUAGAAAGUUCUCAAUGAAAUGUAUAUGUAAUUUGGCAGAACAACUACUAGAUAUUAUUGAAGAAGUUCAUAAGAGGUAAUCCUAUUUCUUGAAAUUUAAGAGGUGUGAUCCACAGAGAUAUCAAACCAGAAAAUAUUCUUAUGGGAAGAGGCAAUGAUACCAAUACAGUGUAUCUAGUUGAUUUUGGCAUUUCUAAAAAGUUCAAAGUAAAUGGAUAACACAUGUAAUUUUAUUUCUUAAUCCUAGUCCAUUUUAAGAACAAAAACCCUUUAUGGGUACUACCAGAUAUGCAAGCAUACCAGCACACAAAGGCUAUGAAUUAUCUAGACGUGAUGAUUUAGAAAGCUUGGGAUAUGUCUUUAUUUAUCUUUUAAAAGGUAUUUUAAUCACUAUUCUUAGGCAAUUUACCUUGGCAAAAUAUUACUUCAUCUUCUGAUAAAGAAAAAACUAAAUUAGUAGGUAAACUCAAAAUGGAACUUGAAACCAAAGAUUUAUGUAAAGGUUUACCUAUCGAAAUAUAAAGAUACAUGGACUAUGUCUAAAAACUUAAAUUCGAUUCUAAUCCAGAUUAUAAAUAUUUGUUUGGUUUAUUUUAAAAGAUUGCUAAAUAAUAAGGAUUUCAAUUAGAUCGAAAAUUUGAUUGGAAUGAUUAAUAUACUACUUCAACUAAGUCUUCUGAUGGAUAAUAACCAAGAUUAUCAGGUAAGGAAUUUGAAAUUGCAUAAGAUGAAAUCUUUAAGAUUGAUAAAUCUGAAAAAAAAAAUAAAAAUUGUGAAUCCAACCUUAGUCAAUAAUCUUCAGUUAUGUUAAAUUAUGUACCAUCAGUCAUACAAUAGAUAGGUGGCAGAUUUGGUUCUAAAUCGAAUGGGUAUUUAGUAUUUUUAUUGAAUUUAGUCGCUCUAGAUAAAAUUCUAGGUAAAGUUCCUUUUCAAGAGAAUCUUCUCUUCUGAAAUAAUAGACUGGCUAAACUAAAAAAAAAGAAAGCCAGUUAUAAAAAAUAGGAUAAUUUUAAGAUUUUGAAGAUUUAGAAAUAUAAAAAAAAUUGCCAAAAUAAAUAUAAAAGGAUUUUUAAUUAGAUGAUUUUGGGGAUGAUCUCAAUGAUGAAGGAAAUCUAGAAACUAAAUUGAAAUAGUUUGAACCUAUUCAAGUACAUUUCAAAGAACAUCUUUCAAAAUUUUGA